AAGGUGGCCCCCAACAUCGAGGCCCCCGCCACGCCCAUGUCGCUCAUGCAGCCCCGCCCCCCCACGCCGGCGGCCAUCCCCUCCAAGCUCACCGUCAACUUCGUCCUCCCCUACAAGUCCGAGAUCGCCAACAAGGAGAUUUUAGGAAGGCAGCACCAUACCUGCUUGGGAGCGUGGAGUUGGAAGAGGCGCACGGGGGGGGGGGGGGGGUCGAAGAUGGGCAUAAGCCCCUGCGACAAUGGCCAUCUCGCCCACGCCGGCCACCACCACCUCCGAUUCCAAGCUCACCGUUGACUUCUUCAUCCUCCCCUCCAACUCCAAGCAGGCUGAUUGCUACGGGUCAUGGAGGAGGCAAUCCGCUCUGGCCAUACAUCACCUUCCCAUGGGCACGAUUGCAGCCAAGAUUCUGCCGUGGGAAGCGCCAUCUCGUGAGACCCUACUGAGGACAAUCAAUGCUGCUCUCGAUGACGGCAAUGUCGACGACGUGCUGCAAGCAUUUGCCAAUUACAAGACCCUGCAUGGCCUUCCUGAGCCGCGGGUGUUGGACAGGAUGAUCGUGUCGCUGUCCUAUGCGUCUAGCAGGAGAUGGCUUCAGAGGGCAUUCGACAUGGUCUUGUCAGUUUACCAAUGCAAUGGCAACCUUCUUAAUUGUGGCUCGCUGAUGAAGCUAGCUCUGGCGCUUGCCAGAGAUCAGAUGCCGAUUCCAGCCUCCACAGUGGUGAGGAUCAUAUUGGAGAGCGGCAAGCUUCCUGAUGUUGAUAUGCUGACCAUGGUGUACUUGCAUAUGGUGAAGUCACAAGUAGGAUCCUAUCUUGCUGCUGAUGUUUUGUGUGAGACCUGCGAGUGUUUCUUGGAGCAGAUUGGAGAUAGAAGGCAGCUGAAAAAACUGGAUCCAAUAAAGAGUAAUGUUACCUUGUUUAAUAUGGUUUUGAAGUCAUGUGUCGAUUUCAAAUGCAUGAUCAAGGCCCAAAGAAUAAUGGAGCUUAUGUCGCUGGUUGGGGUUGUGGCCGAUGUAAAUACAGUGGCUAUCGCUAGCCUUGUCUUUGAGAUGGUUGGGCAGCAAGUUGAAUUGGUGAACAUGAAAAGAAGUAUCGAUUCUUUUGCAUCUUUGCCGUUCAUUCAGCACUAUCUAUAUUUUUAUGGAAGUCUGCUGAACCUGCAUUUCAAAUAUAAUGACAUGGAUGCCGCUGCUCAGCUUUUGGUUGAUCUGUAUCGACAACAAAAGCCUCGUGCUUUUGUUGGUGAUAGUGUCCAUAAACAAGGUGUAAUACAGAUAGGCUCUGGCAACCUGAAAACUGGAUUCAGAAUAAUGUUUGACCCCAUAAAAGUGGACAAAGGUUUCGUUUUAGAUACAGAAAGUCAAUUUGGCCUUCUUGCUGUUAUUGAUGGAAAUAUUCGUCCUAGUGAGAAGGCUCUUGCUAAAUUCAUUGUUGGCUGUUUGAAAGCAAGUAAAGUGCGUGCAUUGUCUAGCUUUCUUAUUACAUUACACAAGGAAGAUCUAAAGGGGCCAUCUCAUUCAGAUGUAAUUAGUGCAUGCAUUCUGAUGGGAUGGUUGCAUGCUGCUCAUGAUAUCCUGGAUGAUUUAGAGUCAGCUGAGAUUCCUGUUCUAAUCUGUACUUACAUGUCUCUUUUGAGAGCAUAUGAGAAGGAGAAUAAACCGGAAGAAGUUAAUAGGUUUCUCCAACAGAUACAAAAGAAAGCAUAUACAAUGGCUGAUUUUCAUACCAAUCCAUCCUUUACCAUAAAGGAUGUUGCCAAAAUAGUCAAGGAUGAGAUGCCCCUCAGAAAUUCGUCUUUGCUUUCCAGUUUGGUUCAAGAAAUAGAACAUUAUAGCUCUCGAGAGCACUUAACUUUUGAGUUCAAUAAUUCAAUUCUUUUCUUCUGCAAGGCAAAUAUGAUGGACGAUGCUUUGAGCACAUAUAAGCGGAUGAGAGAGCAGAAUGUAAGACCCAGUCUGCAUACCUUUUGCCACAUACUGUGUGGAUAUUCUUCACUAGGCAUGCAUAGGGAGAUUGCCAUGCUGUGGGGAGAAAUAAAGCGCAGACUCGAAUAUGGAGAGCUAACUGUGGAUAGAGACUUGCUUGACUGCUUGAUUUUGAAUUUCCUAAACGCUGGCUAUUUUGCAAGAGUCAUGGAGGUUUUAAGUUACAUGGCAAACCGUAAAAUGUACUGUGACAAGUGGAAAUACAAGCAAGUUUUUCUAAAGCUACACAAGAAUCUGUAUAGAAAUUUGAAUUUGCUGCAUGAAAAAACAGAACAACAGAGUAAAAGAAUAGAAGAUGUCAGAGCUUUCAGAUCCUGGGCAGGCGUCAAAUAGGUAAAAUGACUGCAGCACUGUAAUCCUUUUGCAUUUAGAGAACACUCUUCUUGUGCAUGCACAUCUGUACAGAAUUCUUCCGAUGUAACAUCAUCCGCAUCUGUUGUAUAAUUCUGUAUUGUCCUUUCAAGUCUUUCCAUUUAUUCUUGAUGGUUAGUUCCAAUUCCUUAGUACUCACUGUAACAUCUUACAUGCAUGGAUUUUCUCUUCUUUGACCUCUAAAUCCACUUUCAAGGCUUCUAAAUCAACUUUCAAGGCUUCAACUAUCGAUUUUUUUUUUAUAUAAAUUGCCCGUCUUUUCUUUCAUCUGUUUUGGCAUGGAUCAUGAAUCUCAUAGCAGCACAUAUUUCCUCUUCAGGUUCCAGGUGGUUGCUAAUUCUUACAUUUAAAUAUGUUGACCAUUGAUAAUCUUAUUGAUAAUCUUAUUGUAGUACUGGCCUUGUGGCAAUCUUAGACUACUGUCUUACCAACAGUAAUGUUUCUUUCUUGUGAUAUUCUACAAAGAGGCUAUGCUGAUACAGAAGAUCAUGCUGUUGCUUCAAGUUGUCAAGUAAUUAUUUUUGUGGGAAACCGACUCCUUGACCUUACGUCACAAGCAAGAUCAAUUGCAUAGACCACAAAUGGCCUGAUGGGAGUUUGAUAGAGCACUUGCAGUCCAGACCUUACUGGCUACUAAGGUUUGCCAUCACUAAUACCAGAAUUGUCCAGUACUACCAUGUGGGGUACACAACUUGAACAGUAACUUUUUUUAGAGGAACUUGAACAGUAACUUGGCAUGCUUAACUAGUUGCUGUGGUUCUAGAGGACACAGUUAUGAAGUUGAGGCAGAUAUUCUAAUUGUGAUAUUCUUUUUAAUAUAGUCAUAUGACAUAAGUCCUGGAAACUCUCUAUUUCCUAAAUAUGUGCAGAUAAUAGAGCAAAAACAGGAAAAAUGUUUCAAUAACACAGUUGAUGUUCGUGCUUAAUGAUUCCAACUUUUACCUAAAAACGCUCACAUGUUGAAGGAUGCCAUAUUGCUAUGAAUACUAAUUUUAGGAAGUUUUUCCUUUUAGUUGAGCAUAGCUGUCCAUCAGCUGCUCAAUUACAAGAAAUAUUUUACUUCUAAUAGUUUUUAGGCUUUAAGCAUAUAUUGCAUUUGACUUUGCACGUUAAAAACUGAUGCUAAGUUUCCACAUAUCAAUUUCUUUACUGUUGGUGUGUUCAUUAUUUGAUUCGGUGCCUCUUUGGAAGCACGGGUAAUUGGUUUGGCUUCUUUCUUAACUUUAGGGCUGACAUCAUUGUUGGGGAUUUCUGCAGGUGCUGUGUUUAUAAAACCCAAAGGAUAGUUGGAUUGAUCAGUUGGUUCUUUGUAAUUUUAGUUAAAUGCAGGACUAUGGCUAUGUCACAGUAUUUAUCUAGUACCAGGUUGAUGUAAGCAGGUGCAUUCUGUAGAUCGUGUCUUUCCGAAAUACCUAGCUUGGUUGCUCUUAUGCUAAAUAUAAUCAAUUAUGAUGUGUCUA